AUGCCUGACGACAAGAACCCCGAGGUGGGCUGGCUGGUCAGGGCAGCGGACCUGCCGCAACAGCCCCCAGGCUCGGCUACAUCGGGCGGCAUCGGGCGACAUCGGGCGUCAUCGGGGCGGCUCGAGUGGAUUAGCGCCGCCCGCGCCGCACUCUGCAGGCGCGGUGACGCGCGCCCGAUCGCGUCAUCCGCCCGCCGGCCCACGACCACUCAGCUGCACUCAACCGAGCACUCCGCGCAGCUCGAGCUGAGCGUCAGCACCGACAUGCUGCACGACCGCGGCGCACGAAGCCAGGCGAGAGCUCUCGGAGUGGAACCAGCCAGUCGCGGUGCCUCAUUAGCAGCGAGCCGGGGAGACGGGCUGACGCCCCGGUGGUUUCUGGAGAGCGGAGCGCCCUGCCUGGUGACACUCCACGUCGCCAGAAUCGAGGAGGAGGGAGGGUGUGGCAGACGCCACGUCCACGUCAAUCCUCCUGUCUGGAACAUGACCCCUCAAUCAGGGGGCAAGAGGCAGUGGGCAGUGGGCAGUGGGCAGUGGGCAGUGGGCAGUGGGCAGUGGGCAGGGGGCAGGGGGCAGGGGGCAGUGGGCAGGGGGCAGUGGGCAGUGGGCAGUGGGCAGUGGGCAGUGGGCAAGGGGCAGUGGGCAGUGGGCAGUGGGCAGGGGGCAGUGGGCAGUGGGCAGGGGGCAGUGGGCAGGGGGCAGUGGGCAGUGGGCAGUGGGCAGUGGGCAGUGGGCAAGGGGCAGUGGGCAGUGGGCAGUGGGCAGUGGGCAGUGGGCAGGGGGCAGGGGGCAGUGGGCAGCACCUGGGCAGCACGGCAAGGUGGAGACCAGGGCUACCGCGCCGACCCCAGCGGCUCAUCGGCCGCCGCUCCGACGACCCUGAGAUCCCGGCCCACAUGA